AUGGUGGCCAUAAGACAGGGAGAAGACCGGUCCGCUGAUCGGCAAUCUAUCAAGCUUCAGCUCCGCGACCUGCAAGAGCAAAUUGUGUAUCCUCGUGGUAUUCGGCUACUUUUGACCAUCACUGGUCUCGUUCUAAGCAUCUUUACUUCCGCUCUUGACAGCACGAUCAUCUCUGCAGCUAUACCGGCUAUUACCACAGAGUUCGGAACCAUUAGCGACAUCGCCUGGUAUGGUACGUCCUUGGUCAUCACCCACACUGCGUUCCAAUCGUGUUGGGGCAAAGCAUACAAGUACUUUUCUUUGAAGACAGUUUUCCUGCUAUCCCUCCUGGUCUUCGAGGUGGGCAACAUCAUAUGCGCCCUUGCGUCCAGUAGCGAAGUGCUGAUCUUUGGACGCAUCGUUGCCGGCUGCGGCAGUGGUGGUAUCAUGACUGGAGCUUUCAUCAUUAUAGCACUCACAGCUCGGCCCAGGUAUCGCGCUCUUUACAUGGGCGUGCUGGGUGUUACGUUUGGCAGCUCGGGCGUUCUUGGACCAAUCCUGGGAGGCAUCUUGACUGACGGACCAGGCUGGCGAUUUUGCUUUUGGAUCAAUUUGCCGAUCGCGUUUGUGGCGGCUACUGCCAUGUUCCUUUUCUUCAGGUCUCCCGUCCCUCCCAAAGAAGCUCCAUUGCCAGAGAAGAUUCUCCAACUCGAUAUCAACGGUGGCAUACUCAUAGCUGGCUUCCUCUCGUGCUUCGUACUGGCCAUGCACUGGCUCGGCAAAUACCCGCCGAACAGCAUACGCAUCAUAGGGAGCUUUGCUGGUUUUGCAUCACUCCUGGGAUGUUUCAUCGGCAAUGAGUGGGCGAUGGGCAAGAGAGCCAUGAUCCAGCUCAAUCUAUUGAGGAACAAGAUGAUUGUCACAAACGCCUGCUACAUCUUCUUCUUGGCAGGAGCUUACUUCCCUCUGUUGUACACGUUGCCUGUCCAGUUCCAGUCGGUCAACAAUAAGUCGGCCUCGCAGAGUGGAAUUCGAUUGAUACCACUCAUCCUGGGCAUCUCAGCCGUGACAAUGGUGGCAAAUGGCAUCCUUACCUUCUGGCGCCACUACAAGCCGUUUCUUCUGGUCGGCGCUAUCUUGGUGAUGGCCGGUGAUACGAAGAUCUACGCAUCAAACGCGCGUACACAUACGAGCGAGUGGAUCGGUUACGAAAUCCUUUCUGCUGUUGGGAUCGGCAUGGCGCUUCAGAUCCCGGUAAUUGCAAACCAGGCAUUGGUUUCAGCAGACGACAUGGCCGCUGUAACAACACUUACAUUGUUUAUGGAGAACUGUGGCGAGACCCUCUUCGUUGCAUCGUGUGCGGGUGCUUUCACGAACGGACUCCUGUCAAGUCUGGGACGGAAUUUACCGGAAAUCGAUUCGAAGACUGUACUGGAUGCUGGCGCCACACAGAUCAGACACAUGUUUAGCGGCAGCGAACUCGAACAUGUACUGAUGGGCUACUUGGAGGGAUGCAAGAGCAGCCAUCUCAUAACAAUCGCCUGUGGUGCAAUUGCUAGCUUGAUCUCCUUUUCGAACGCAGGUCCGGCCGUGGUGUCCUGGGCGAAGCUGAAAUUGAAGAAGGCACACGAGCGUUAG